AUGAGGCCAUCUCAAACAACGCCUCUCUCUGCUGCCAUUCCAUGGUACGCCUUCAAGCGCGGCGCCAGCUCUUCCACGCAGGCAAAUUUUGCACCAGCGCUGGCCAUAGUUACAGCAUCGAGCAAGCUGCCCAUCCAAAACGAGCAAAAGAUCUUUUUUUUUCUCUUCUCCGACUUCGACUUCAACCGCCAACAACGUCAACCGUCAACAGCGACAACCAGCAUCUUUAGCGACUUCGCAUCACCAGCAUCCAGCUUCGAUCCAGCUCUCUCAGCGCCUGUCUACACAUUCGCCUUCGUUUCCUUCUUUAUUCCUGGCGCGCCUGGGAUUCUUGAUCCGCUUUGCGUUGCUGACGGUGCUCUCCAGCUUAUUGACUACACCAUGUCUUCACCUUUGCCAUCAACUUUUGCCUCUGCGGCCGCCGGAAACACACAAGAGUCGGCCUCUGGCUCGAGGAGGGAUGUUAUGAGUAGCGGCGAAUGGUCUCGGAAUCGUAUGAACGGAGCUACGCAGACGUUCCGGAGGCCAUCUGUUGCUACCAAUCCUUCCCAUAGCCGAGAGAACGCGCAGCAGGCCCAGUCAAACACUUCGAACUCUUCCAGCGCUGCGUAUAUUCCACCCCACCUCAGCUCCAAUUACCAGUCAGCGCGUAGUGGGAACGAUAAUACCUAUUCCAAGGAGCAGCUUCUUAAUCUUUAUAAGAACCAGCGAGUGUCGAAGGAUUGGGGGAAAUCAAUCACCGGUUAUUUCAUGGGCGACUGGAACCCCCGCAGUGAACGUCCAUCAACUAACGGAAGUUGGGGGAAACCGGACGAUUCCAAAGAAAAUAAUGCUGCAAAUCCGGAGAUCUGCUGGGACCAUAAGGGCCAGAGUGAACCUCUGGGCCUAUUGGAUAUGAACGACGAGGAGAAAGAAUUGUUUUCGACCUCUGUCAACUCGCCUCUCAAACCUCCACCACAAAAUGCUAACAAGGAUGGCUCUUCAUCCGUCGGCACGAUUGGCCGCAAAUCGUCCGUCUCUCAUGGCCAUAUGAACUCCUUUAAUUCUACCUCUCCGGCUUCUGCCCGCACUGUGCCGCGCAGGCGGGGGACUGGAGAUUCGGGGAAUCCAAUGUCGCCCACGAGCUCUCGUUUUUUCCGUGACGAACCAAACACCGCGACUCCGCCUCCAGCUAUCCUGCGCCGAAAAACCGACAUCAAAGACUCUACGGGUGACUCCAAGUGGGACGAUAAGGACAAGAGCUUUGCGGAGCGCGAAAAUUCGUUCGAUAUCAGCUCCCCGUUUGGGUCUCUCAAACGCAGCACCACCAACCCAGUCGGUGCCGUUGGAUCCAACUCUCCUUGGUCGUCUAACCAGGGCUCUGCCUUUGGCUCAAUGGGGGUAGGAGCCUUUGGUAAUUUUGCUCUUGGCAGUGUCGGCUCUCAAGGCGGUACAGACAAGAAACCAGGCUUCGGGAGCGUACGCAGCGAAAGUCGGUUCAAAAACCUGCUUUCCAAGACCAGUUCUGAGGAUAUCGCUGGUAGCAGCAAUAACAAGGAUAAAAUGUCGUCUGCUAUCGGUCUUGAUCGUCUGCCUGAAGCCGAGGACGACGCUCUCCGAGAUCCUACUGAAGAGGCCUUUAGGAACCGCCCUUCUCGCAGCGAGACUAAUCCCUUCGACGAACGCCGUAGCGGUAGCGCGGCCCUGGGAGGUCAGGAGAUGGGGGGCAUUGACCAGUUCGGCCUCUCCUCGUUCGGGAUGCCGGGAGGCACUUCCGCUCUUCGUGAUCUAGUUGCGUCAUCUCAAUCCCCCAGCCAUGCGCAUCAUGAACCCAUGAGCCCAACGCAUACUAACCCUUAUCAGAGUCCGCGUGGCGAUCGAAUUACCGAUAAUGGUGUUGUUGGCACUGGAGACGCUGACCAUGAAGGCUCUGAUAUCCAGCAGCAACAUGCUCGUCUGCCUAACCUUGGUGAUCUGCGUGAUGAACCCGCUCAUGGCUCUUUUGGAUCCAUGCCCCGGCCCGGAAUGAUCUCUGAUAUCCCUGCCGCGGACCGUAGUCAAACAUCAAGUGUAGGUGCUAAUAGGGGCUUCCCAGUCCUUGGAGGACUUGGAGGGCUUGGUUCUUUAGGUAACUCCGGCGGAUGGCCUACCACGAGUGCCACUGGCACGCCAACGCGGGAAAGAGCCGCCUUCGGGUUUGGCGACCCAAUAUUCGGGCCAAUGUCUGAAUUGCAGUCUCCAAGUACCUCUGCGCUUGGAGGGGGUGGUCUCUUUGGCUCGCAAACCAGUCUCUCAAAUAUGGGCGCUUCAUCACGCCCAAGUAAACUGGGUUCUCUCUUCCCCCCUGCCAUGCAGGAACAGAUGCGCAAUGAACAGUCACACCCCAAGGAUGAACCUGGCAAGCCACAAGAUCCGUUCAUGUCUCUGGAGAACUCAGUAAGCUUACCACAUCCAUCUACCACCACUUCGCACACUCCCACCGUCACCGCCGGUGGAACUAUCAACAUUCCAUCAAGCCAGCCGCCCCUUGACGGUGGCAACGGCAACCAAUAUGGCGGCGCUCCCUCCAAUCAGCUUCCACCAGCGCAACAGCGCCAGAUGGUGAUGCCAGACCGUAUGCGCUGGAUCUACCGUGAUCCUCAAGGCAACACUCAAGGACCCUGGUCUGGCCUCGAAAUGCACGACUGGUUCAAAGCUGGCUUCUUCACUGCAGAGCUACAGGUCAAGAAACUGGAAGAUGCAGAGUAUGAACCUCUCGCCCAGCUUGUUCGACGUAUUGGAAACUCUCGCGAACCUUUCCUUGUCCCUCAGAUAGGUGUCCCUCAUGGCCCGCCGAUGAACCAGCCAGGACCAUGGGGAAGCUCCGCACAGUCGCAAACUGGAGCGGUCCAGCCUCCUUUUGCGAACAGCUUCCCAAGCUUUGGUACUACACUUACGGCUGAGCAGCAAAAUGCAUUGGAACGCAGAAAGCAGGAAGAGCAAUACCUUAUGGCUAGACAAAAGGAACACCUUGCUCAGCAGCAAGCUCUCAUGAAGAUGCAGCAGAUCCAGGGCCCAAAUCACCCAAUCAAUCCACAGCUCCAGCAUCACUCAAGUGCGCAUAGUCUUCAAAGCCAGCCUAGCUUUGGCAGCAUUACUUCUCCUGCAGCUUUCCCGCCUGCGCCCAUGCAAGCUCCUAUUCAACCUCCCCAUUCCGUUCCGGCUUUUUUCGAGGGGCCCAUGAGACAGAAUACCGGCCCUCCGGGCCCCCAAGGCGGAGCGCCGGAUUUCGGCACAGGCCAGGAUGAAUUGCCUGCCUUGCUCGAUAGAAUGAAUGUUAACAGAGGAGCUGGCCAGUUUGGUUUCAAUAACGCUGGAACCUUCCCACCAGGACCACAGGAUCCUCAAGCUCAGGCACACAACCAGGCCGUGACAACUAUGCUACAGGACCGCAGCCGUUUGCAACAGGAGCAGGAGAACUUCAACAAGGCCCAUCCAGAGUCUAUCUUUGACCAGCAAGCUAGAGAGGAGCGUGUGCGUCAAUUCCAUGCCUUGAGGAUUGCCGAUGAAGAUAUCCCUGUUCGACGCACCGAGGAGCCAGCCAACAACCACCGAGAGACCAGCCAGGAACAACAAAGGCCACAGGAACAAUCUCCGACGUCAAAGGACCAGCCUCCUUUCAACCAAACUAACGAACAGGAGCUCACCCUUACCCAGAAGGUGCAAAAUGCUGCCUCGGCCCAGAGGCUCCAGCAGCAGCAACAGCAGCAGUUCAACGCGCAAGCCUCAUCUGAGGUUGAAUCUCCAUGGGCAAAGGUUGACACUGGACUUCCACAGCCAUUCCCGCCACCGCCUUCCCAGUCUCCGCUUCCAGCUCCAGCUGCCCAGCGCAACCGCCAGCACGUAGCAGACAACCUUGCGGCUGAGACCCGUUCCCAGACCCAAACCCCAAGUGAAGUGCACACCACCUCCGUCGCACCCUGGGCCAAGGAGCAUGCCGAACCCGCCAAGGGCCCAUCUCUUCGUGAAAUCCAGGAAGCUGAAGCCCGCAAGGCCGCAAAGCUUGAAGAACUUGCCGCCGCUGCUCGCCGCGCCUUGGCUGAACAGGAGCGUGCUAAUCCACCACCAGCACCUGCUCCAGGUCUCCCAUCAACCGCUAACUGGGCUCGUAGCGGAUCUGCCAACACUCCCACAUCGGAUGCACCUGCCUGGUCCAAGUCAGCCAGCGGUAAAACCCCAGGAGCAGCCGCCAGCACUGCACCAAAGAAGACUCUGGCCCAAAUCCAAAAGGAAGAAGAGGCUCGUAAGCAGCGCAAUGCUGCCGCUGCUGCAUCCGCAGCCAACUCUCUCGGUGCUCCAGCCGGAAAGCGUUAUGCUGAACUCGCAGGCAAGAUGACUACCCAGCAACCAGCUCCAGCCGCCUCCAGCGGUGCCUGGACCACCGUUGGAGCCAGUGGAAAGGCCAAAGCAGCUCCCGUUUCUACCGCUGUUAAUGCCCGUAACGUUCCGGGCCUUACCCCUAGCCCGACCCCAGCAACAAAACCUAAAACCAUCAUGACCCGAACCGUCAGCAUGGGCAAUUCCGCUGCAGCCACAGCCAACCGUCCCGCGGAAGAGUUGGCCAAGUGGGCCAAGCAAGCUCUUGAGAAGGGAUUGAACAGUUCUAUUAAUGCUUCUUUUCUUGCCCGCCGAGUCGGAAAUCAUCUCGGAUUCCGUGUAUGCCAACUCACAGAGCGUGUAGGGAACAGCCACAUUCGCCAUUCUCGUGCAAAGGUGCUGGGAGGCUGCUCGAGCCACAACACCCUCAUUUCCUUCCGUCCGUUUGAAUAUGACUGCAAAGUGUCUGACGGCUGGAACGAAGUCGCCAAGAAGGGCAACGCAGCUGCAAGCAGGGAAGAUCAGACGACCAGCAAUGCAUCCUUCAAGGUCGUGUCCAAGAAGAAAGGCAAGCGAUAA